AUGUCUUCUUCACCACCAUCAUACACCCUCAGUUUGAAAAUUCAUUCAGGAUUUAAUUUACCAAAGACUGACCUUCUUUCAGGAAUUGAUGCUUAUUGUGUGAUUCAUGUUCCAUUGUUGGGAGGAAAAAUUGAAAAAUUUAAAACCAAGUCUAUAGAUAAUAAUCCAAAUCCCGAAUGGAAGUUUGCCUUCUUUAUUACUAAUGUUGAUUCAUCAAAGGAUAUUUUCGUGGAAGUGUGGGAUAAGGAUACUUUUAGUAAGGAUGAUCUUGUUUGUAGGGCUUAUUUGCCAUCAGCUCUUUUAUUGAAGGAAACGUUUUGGGAUCAAAAGAAGUUUGUUUUGGAAUGUUUAGGAAAGAACAAGCCAUACAAGGCAAAGGAAUGUGGAAUUGUUGUCUCUGCCAUCCCACAAGUUUCAUUCUCUGAAUUAGUUGCUCGAGUUAAAACUCCUACAAAAUAUGUUGAUGAAAAUAAGAUGGUUCUUGUCCAUCAAUUAACUGGUAUCUUUAAUGACUCACUCUACUUGAAAGUCUCAGUUAAUAAGAAGUUUAACAUUUCAAUUUUCGAUACAAGUAAGGAUCCAAAUAGAUUGACUAUUUUCGAAGUGGAGGGAAGAAAUAUCGGAUCAAGAAUUUACAAAUAUAAGGUUCCAAGAACAAAGUAUGGAAUUACAUUCUCAAAGAAGAUUAGGUUGAAGAGAUGCGAUCCUUACUCUCUUGUUAACUUGAAGCUAUCACUAGGUGAUUUGAAAUUGGACGAAUCAAAGAUUGUAAACACACUUGUUCAAGAACAUGGAUGGUUUGGAUUCCUUUCUUUUGAAGAUGCUUGUGCAAAACUCAAAAACAUUUCAAUAGAUAAGGAAAGAAAGAGAAUUUACAUGAAUGAAUUUCUCUACUCAUACAUGGUUGAUUAUGAUUCCAAAAACUUUGAUCAAAAGGUUUUCCUGAGAGAAGAGGCAGCUAAACAAGGCCACCACUUGGAAUUCAUUUUUGUAGAUGGUGAUAAUUUUCAAAUAACAAGUUAUAAUGAACAACCAAUCACUUUGAAAUGUUCUGAGGAAAAGUUUAAGUAUACAUCUAAGGUUAACGAUUUAGAAUAUGGUACAUCAUUCUAUCAAUUCAAAAUCAAUACUUACAAGAAGGAAAACCAUAAAUUGUUCAAUCUUGGAGAAAAUUAUCUCAAGUUGUAA